AAAAUCUCCUUGGUAUUAGCACCAACUAAAGAAUUGGCAGUACAGAUUUAUGAGGAAGCCAGGAAAUUUUCAUACAGAUCUAGAGUUUGUCCUUGUGUUGUUUACAGUGGUGCCAAUAUUGGUCCAGACUUAGAACGUGGAUGCCACUUGUUAGUAGCUACUCCAGGACGUCUAGUGGAUAUGAUGGAAAGAGGCAAGAUCGGAUUAGACUUCUGCAAAUACUUGGUGUUGGAUGAAGCUGAUCGGAUGUUGGAUAUGGGGUUUCAACCUCAGAUUCGUAGAAUAGUUGAACAAGAUACGAUGCCACCAAAGGGCAUGCGCCAUACUAUGAUGUUUAGUGCUACUUUCCCCAAGGAAAUACAGAGGCUUGCUUGCGAUUUCUUGGACGAAUAUAUCUUCUUGGCUGUAGGAAAAGUUGGCUUUACCUCUGAGAACAUCACACAGAAAGUAGUGUGGGUGGAAGAGGCAGACAAGCGGUCAUUUCUGCUUGACCUUCUAAAUGCAACAGGCAAGGAUUCACUCACCUUAGUGUUUGUAGAGACCAAAAAGGGUGCAGAUUCUCUGGAGGAUUUCUUAUACCAUGAAGGAUAUGCAUGCACCAGUAUCCAUGGAGACCAAUUUCAGAGAGAUAGAGAGGAGGCUCUGCACCAGUCAUCAGGGAAAAGCCCGAUUCUAGUGGCUACAGCAGGAGCAGCAAGAGGCCUGGACAUUUCAAAUGUGAAACAUGUCAUCAAUUUUGACUUGCUAGGUGAUAUUGAAGAAUAUGUCCAUCGCAUUGGCCGUACAGGACCUGUAGGAAACCUUGGCCUUGCCACCUCAUUCUUUAAUGAGAGGAACAUAAACAUCACAAAGGAUUUGUUGGAUCUGCUCAUUGAAGCGAAGCAAGAAGUGCCAUCUUGGCUGGAAAGCAUGGCUUACGAACACCACUACAAGGGUAGCAGUCACGGACAAUCUAAGAGUAGUCGAUUCAGAGGAGGAUUUGGUACCAGAGACUAUCUGCAGAGCAGCUGUGCCAGCAGUUCCAGCUUCAGCAGCAGCCACAGUGGGGGAGGUGGCCAUGGCAGCAGCAGAGGGUUUGGUGGAGGUGGCUAUGGAGGCUUUUACAACAGCGAUGGCUACAGAGGAAAUUACAACUCCCAAGGGGUUGACUGCUUUGCAGUAGGUCACCCUGCCAAACAAGCUAAUAUGGAAACCACAUGUAACUUAGCCAGACUAUACCUUGUGAAGCUUUAA